GACAGAAACAAAAGGAACACGCUGUGAAAUGAAGGUUUAGGGUAAAAGUCACCGCUGUGAGAGAAAACAGAGCAAGAUGAGCCGCAGAGGUGGGUUGUGGAGUCUAAGCUCCAGGAGGCUGAAAGAACGAUACUCUCUGACCUCCUCUGAACCUCCUCCUCCUCCUUACUCCACCCCUGGAGCAGCCAGUGGAAGCCUCCACUCCCCCAUCUACCUAAACACGCCUGAUGCCGCAUCAGCGCUCGGUGCCAGAUAGGGUUACCGCUAACCUAAACGUCCCCCGCCGCUUUGGAGUGCCCCAGAAAGAAGACGUGAGGAAUUUGGGGCAAUUGCCGUUGCGUGCGCACAUGCGCUUCCCUCAGCGAAGCCACGAGUCAGCAAAGAUCUGAGAUGCGAAAGCUGCGUUCGACCUACCCGAACGAACCGCAGCUGGAUUAAGUCGAGUGGGAAAACAAGGACCACGCCGCUUUGUCUCCCCUUAGACGGCAGAAGGCCGCUGGAAUUAUCAAGCGACAGAAACAAGCAGCUCCUGAGUGCACCAGCCAGCCGACGUGUUCACCUGUGACCAGCCGGGGGUUCAGAUAAAUGGCUGAUAAACAGAUCAGUUUGCCUGCCAAAUUGAUCAAUGGAGGGAUUGCCGGCAUCGUCGGAGUGACUUGCGUGUUUCCCAUCGACCUGGCCAAGACUCGCCUGCAGAACCAGCAGAAUGGAUCUCGCCUUUAUACCAGCAUGUCGGACUGCCUUAUUAAGACCAUUCGAUCGGAGGGGUAUUUUGGGAUGUAUAGAGGAGCCGCGGUGAACCUAACCCUAGUUACACCAGAGAAGGCCAUCAAAUUGGCUGCUAAUGACUUCUUCAGGCAUCACCUCACCAAGGAUGGAAAACUCACUCUGGUCAAAGAGAUGCUGGCUGGGUGCGGAGCGGGUACAUGCCAGGUCAUCGUAACAACUCCUAUGGAGAUGUUGAAAAUCCAGCUGCAGGACGCCGGGAGGCUGGCUGCUCAGCGGAAGCUCAUGCCGGAGUCGCUGCCGGCUGGAACUGUGGAGACAAAGAGCCCGACAGCCAUGCAGAUUACCAGACAAUUACUGAGGGAAAAGGGCAUUGCUGGACUUUAUAAAGGCCUCGGUGCCACACUGCUCAGGGACGUUCCUUUCUCUAUGAUCUAUUUCCCUCUUUUCGCCAAUCUGAAUAACCUGGGCAAGAGAGGCGCGGAGGGCCCCGCUCCUUUUUACGUGUCGUUCGUGUCGGGCUGCAUGGCAGGGAGCACGGCAGCCGUUGCCGUCAACCCCGUUGAUGUAAUAAAGACUAGACUGCAGUCCCUGAACCGGGCAAGCACAGAAGACACGUACUCUGGAGUGACAGACUGUAUCAGGAAAAUCAUGCGCAACGAGGGUCCUUCGGCCUUCCUGAAGGGAGCCUACUGCCGCGCCCUGGUCAUCGCGCCUCUGUUCGGCAUUGCCCAGGUGGUCUACUUCCUGGGCGUGGGCGAAUAUAUCCUCAGCUUCUUGCCCAAAAAAGACAUCUAAGCGGCGCCUCGGUUCUGCCUUCCCUCCCGUGACGCGUCACGUCAGCUCCAUCCGGAUUCAUCUGAUUCUUAGAGAAGUGUUUUUUUUUGUUUUUGUUUUUUUUAUUUGCUGCGUUGAAUGUUCAGAAAGUUCAGAAGGGAGCCUUUGUUUUUUUGCCAAGAUGCCUGUGGCAGCGCACAAAAUUCCAGUUGGCAAGCUCAGCCACAGCAGCUUUCUGGAAACCACGCUACAAAUAGAGGUCUGUAAUUACAAGAUUUUACUGUACUUUCAAACACGAUUGUCCUAUUCUGCAAAUUAGACGUACGGCCCUUGGCUGUUGCAGCUCUGCAAGCUCUUCGGUAAUAUUGUUUUUGCAGGCUUCAUUAACAUUUUAAUAACAGAGAAUCCCUUUGCAAUAUGUUUGAAAUCACAAGUUACCACUGCCCUAAAUUGAGCAAUAAAGAUGUAAUUUACAGUUAGCAAUGUGUAGGAGAUCAGGAGUAGGCAUGAGCCAGAAUGAGAUUCUCAUGGUAUGAUAGCCCUGCGUACAAGUACCAUGCUAUUACUGCUUUAGACAUAUGUUUGAAACAAGAACGCCUCUAAUUAUAUUUAUUAGAAACAGAAAACUAACAAAUAGUGCUACUCCUGCGUGCAAAAACAAUACAAUCGGUAUUAAUAUUGGUAUAUAUCACAUAUUUUAAAGUUGUUUUUAAUUUUGAUCAAUAAGCUUGAGCAAAAAAAAAAGUUUUAACUUCUUAUUGUGCAGAAUCUUAGAUAAUUUAGUGGUUCUGUUGUUUAGAGAGAAACGACGGCUUAGUCAGGCUAUCAGCUCUGGUUGCUAGCUGGCAGUCGGCUGCUAAACAUACCAAAGUGUGACACCAGUGAUGCAUGGCGGUCCUUUGCUGUCAGCACAAUGAAUGCCUGUGCUUUCGUGAACAGUAAAAUGUGUUUUUUCUUGAACAUAAAGGGAAAGUAUGGCAGCCUGCUUUCAGCCAGCUGACCGACAGUGUGCAGAAAUAGGUGGGGGAAGGGGGAGGGUGGGAAACUGCGGUCACACCUGUAGUUUCUCUGGCUCCUCAUUAAAAGGUCUUUAAACUGGAAGGACAGCGUGAUGUAAAACCUCAGAGAGUUUAAACCCCUAACUUUUUACAACUGGGGUAAUACCUUAAGUUCAGUAACCAGCCCAUGCCUAAUGUGAAGGUUUACUGGAAUACAAAAAAAAAAAAAUAAAUAAAUAAAUCAAACAGACCUUACGUAACGAUAAAAUAAUGAACAGUGGGAGCCUGUUUCAUUGUUAGUCCUGGGGCAGCGUGCUGAUGUGAUACCAGCUCUCUCCCUCUGAUCUUUCCAGAGAACCCACUUCCCCCCCCCCCCCCUGUACAGUAAGUGGUUGUAAUGAACUCAGUGGUUCAGCCCAGAGCAGGCUUUGAUGCCCUGGCCUUUUUUUAAGGAGAUCAGGUUCCAUCUCAUACUUAGCGCAGCCACAAUGCUCCGACUGUUUGGCCUCCCAGAACAAUGUCUGUUUUUUUUUUGUUCCCACCGCGUGCAACUUCUGAUCGUCAGCCACAAAACCUACCUGUUACAGAAGUUUGCAUUAAAAAAAAAAAAAAUCAAGAAAACGUUCAGUGAGGGGAUGGAGCUUUAAGACCUUUGUGCGCUGCAGUUUGCUGCCAUCUGAUUGCUGGCGGAUCUUUUUAAGAAGGGCGUCAGACGUCACUGAAACCUACAGGUGCAGUCGGCCAUUGUUGAGCGCCUUCCUUUCUCCUUAGACGCAGGCGUACAAAUCAUUUUUUUGAGUUUACACAAGACUUAGCGCUCAGUUUUCUCGCUUCGUCCAAACUCUCAUUCGGUGACGGGAUCCAAAGAGCUAAUGAAAAACCUUUUUGUUCGUCUGAACGCUCAGCCUGCCGUGCUCUCGGUGUUGUGGGAUUUGUACCAAACAUGUCUGCCUGUUUGCUUUAGAGGUUUUGUUUGCUUUAAGCUGCCCGGGGCGAGAAAAGAAGAAAAAACAACAACAGCUCCGUCGUAUCUUGUUUACGCAUCACACCAACACUGAGGCAUGCUGCCAUUGGUUUAUCUGGUCGGAGAUCAAGGUGACUUUGAUGUGUUUUUGUCCAAUCACAUUCCUUCCUCGCUCCCACUGGUCAAACGGCUCUUCGGCUCUUCGGUUGCACUUCUGAUGCAACUUUUUCAGUGUGGUAUCGUUUGUGGGAGUGAGCUUUAUUUAUAGAUGUUCCCUUCUAGAAGCAGUAUAGCGUUAUCUAUUUGUAUGUGUUUUUUUUUUUCUGUCGUAUUGUCCAGUUUAUCUAUAUUGUACAUAUGCAGAUGAAAUGAGCUUUGUUUUAGAAUGUAUUGUUUUUGUACAUGAUGGCUUAUUUGCACACCUACCUCUCCACCCCCCCACCCCCCCACCCUCCUUCCAUUCAUAUUGUGGCGAUUUUAUGUUGUGAUGAUGUGGUGAAAUGAAGGAACAUCAGAGACGUUUUUUUUUAUUACUGUACACCAAGGGGAACACUGCUAGACUUUAAGAAGGACGUUUUUUUUUUUUUUUUUGGAUGUGCCAUUUCUCCCAGAAGUCCGUGGGUUCAGUCACUUGCUCAAACAUAGGACCAAAUGAAGAAUCUCACUGCUGAUAGAAGUGGAGUUUCCAGCCAAUGGCAUAACGCUAAGAAAUGCACAGCGACCAAGACGCCCUCUGUAGCGGCCGUUAUGUCAUAACGUGCGUCUGAACGGUGCUCCUUCAAUGUGGCUGCUGCAAAACCAAGGCGCUGCCGCCUGAAUCCCACGCGGGCUAUUCUCAGCCUUUUUUUUAAGGCCCUUCGUCUUACUGUAACUGAAAGCCAUAAGUCAAGAAGGGGACUGCUAGACACCUUGACACAAGCGGCACCUCUCCAUGGCGGAAGCAGACAAUAGGUCUGAGGGGGUGUGUGUGAAAAAGGCAAAAAGACCCACCAACUCAUCUGAACUUGGCUUUAUUUUUUAUUAUUUUCUUUGACAUUCCGACUUGCUUUUACAUGCAGUUCUGGUCAGAAAUUUACACGCAGUUCUGGGCUUGCAAUUCAUUAAAAUUUUCUUUUUCCAGGGUUUAGAGAACAGGAACCGGGUGCUUUGGUUUAUAUUUACUGCGAGUGUAAUCCUUACCGGGUAAAAAUAAUAUGUACAGCCUGUCAUUUGUACACACGUCCCUACUUAUAUUUGGUUAAUCACACCAGAAGCACUCGCAGCAAUGCAGGCCCUUAGCAUGAUGCUGCCGCCAACAUGGCCGUCAGUCGGUUCUCGUAUCUGAAGGCCUCACCGGUGACUCCUCCAAACAUUGUUCUUACCAUUGUGGUAAGACUAACACAAGGCUUCUGGAAUAAACCCGGGACCAACUCCAUUAAAGAUGUGAGAACUAUUUAAUGUGGGAUUAUUGGCAGUGACCCAACAAGUCUAAAUGACCAAUUCUGUUAAAGACAUUGGCCAAAAAUCCAGCCAAACUGACCGUGGGGCAUUUAUCCAAACAUCAAAUAGUUUGGAUGUAAAAAUGCUUGAGCCUAAAUGUAUAGUUUUAAGCAAAAGGGAAGUAGUAAUAAAAUACACAGUAUAACACUAUACUGUUCAGUUCUUGUUCAAAACAUCGCUGAAGUUGUCUGAUCCAUCCAUCAUUCCAACCUGGGAAAAGAAAAGCUCAAAUGCGUCAUUAAAAAGUCUAAAUGACGUUCGUCAGUGAAUGUAAACUUCUUUCCAGAACCUGUGCGCUGUCAUUGUGGUAACGUUGCCUGUUGUAGUGUUGUAGAUAUCACUCCUCUGAUUUGCUUUAAAACCUAACCCCUUCUCCUCCUCCUCCCUCUUUAGACCGUUUUCAUCGGUUUUCAAGCUGAAUCUUGAAAUUCUCCUGGCUUUGUUUUUCAUCAGCUGUGAAUUUUCUUCCACCGACCCUCGUGCGUUCGGCGGUGUACGUGCGCGUGCGUGUCUGACUGUGUUGUGCUGUAGUUGAAGCGUAGUUGUUUGUGGUUUCUCUCUUUUUUUUUUUUUUUUACCCCCUCUCUCUGUUUACUCCCUCUGUGUGUUUUGUCACAAUCCUCUGCCAUCUGCUCGAUCCGGCCUGCGCUGCCGGGACGCAGGUCAUUUGCAGAGGAACCUCUACAAAAAACACCAAAAGUAGGAUUUGGAGUGUAUACAAUCAAAGAAAGCACAAGGGAAUUAGUAGGCAUAUGAUAGCACAUGUUUCUCUCUCAAUAAUCCACAUGCUGAUUUCAAGGACAUAUAUUAAACUGAUUUAUUUCUAUGAAUCUGUUGCUAUAAAUGCAAUUUUUUUUUAAAUCGUAUUUAUCUGCAGCGCCAGUCAGAACUUUACUUACGCUCGAGAAAUCAUUCCAUUUAGUUUAGGACUUUUAAAGAAUGCCGUUUUACCAUUUUCAGGCAUCACAAAGCCUAUGUUUAGACAACACUUAUUGGGUCUUAAGAAGUUAAAGCUAUUUGUUGUAUCAUCAUUCCUCCCUGGAAAAAGAUGGAUUUAAAUUAAUCAAUUAAAAAAAACAAAAUUGUUCUGAGUGUACGUAAACACCUGAGCGGCGCUGUGCGUUUAUCUGUCUGCAAACCCAGAGGGCCGAGACAGAAACCCCACAUGAUAGUGUCCACAAUGUUAGCUAUAAGCAGUAAGCCACAAAGACGUAUACCGCCCACAUAUUCUAUAUGAAUCAGAUAUAAGAAUGUAACGUAGAUAUUAUGAGAUGUAUUCUAAUAAAUGUGAAGAGUUUAUGACAUUUUAAACCUAAAGAUGUGUGCUUUACACUUUCACUGAAACAUGAGCCAGCUUACUGUUAUGCAAUAAGUAGCCACACACUCACGCGUUGGAGAGGAGCCACUGAAUACAACCAAGUAACCCACAGCAUCACACAACAGCGUAUGACUAUUGCAGCCGUGAAGCUCGGAGGCCUUUCGGGCUCUGAGCUCGCCUCGCAGCCCUUGUUCUCUUCCUCCGAGAGGAAGUGUGCAAAAAAGCACUUUAAAAAAA